GGGAGGACUCACAAGACUUUAUGGCAGAAAAUUAAUUUUGCUUAUUUAUUCAAACUAAAGAUAAUACAGAUAACUAAAAAUGGCGUCAAGAAAGAAGGUUCUAUUAAAAGUUAUUAUAUUAGGAGACAGUGGUGUUGGUAAAACAUCUCUAAUGAACCAAUAUGUUAAUAAAAAGUUUAGUAAUCAAUAUAAAGCCACUAUUGGAGCUGAUUUUUUAACCAAGGAAGUUAUGGUGGAUGAUAGACUUGUAACCAUGCAGAUAUGGGAUACUGCCGGUCAAGAAAGAUUUCAAAGUUUAGGUGUAGCUUUUUACCGAGGAGCUGAUUGUUGUGUUUUAGUAUUUGAUGUCACCAUGCCUAAUACAUUUAAAUCUCUCGACAGCUGGAGAGACGAGUUUUUGAUUCAAGCCAGUCCACGAGAUCCUGAACAUUUUCCAUUUGUUGUUAUAGGAAAUAAAAUAGAUUUGGAAAACAGAGCGGUAUCAGCAAAACGAUCACAGAGUUGGUGUCACAGUAAAGGUGAAAUACCUUAUUUCGAGACCAGCGCAAAGGAGGCCAUCAACGUUGAACAAGCUUUCCAAACAGUAGCGAAGAAUGCCCUAGCCCAAGAAACCGAUGUAGAGUUAUAUAAUGAAUUCCCAGAUCAAAUCAAACUUUCUAAUGAUGGAAACAAACCUAAAGAAGGCUGUGCUUGCUAAAAACUGAAAGAUAGGAUUUGUCUGGAAAAUACAAUCGUGAUAUAAUAGGAGAAUAUUGAUAAUGUGUGUACAAUAUGACCAUUUGUAUAUACCAACACAUAAACUUUUUCAAAAUUUCAGGCCAUAUAUGGAUGAUUGAUUGUCCUUAGUUUUAUUUUAACCCUUUGAUCACUUAGUGUCUGAAAAUCCAAGGUCGUGACUGUUUCACUGGCCAACAGGCCAUAACUUUGGGUCUGACAGAGCAGUUGCGUUAGUGUUCAAAGGGUUAAGAACAUUUUUUAUUAUAUUGAUUUGUAAUUUUCAGAAUUUUUACUGGUUUAGCUCGGCAAAAUAUUUUGACAACAUAAAAAUAGUGAUGAGACGCGAAACUCUGAAUUCUCAAUAAUGACCAACUUAUGUAAGAAAUUGCAAAACUGCAACCACAUUGGUAAUGAAAUCCCUAUUCAAAACUUGAAAUACGACAAAAAAUCGGUGCUGAUCAAAACAAAAAAAUUGAGGUGUCUUAACGGAAAUAUAGAAUAACAAAAUUAGUAUUUAAUACAUGUAUUGAUGUUUACGAAAUGGUGCAAGUAACUGGACACAUAAUCAUUCUGUAGAAGAGAUUUGUAUUGUAAAGAAAUAACAAAAAAAUUGUUUCUAUUGCUUGUAAACUUUGUCUCAUUCCACAAAAAAUCAAACGAUCAAUUUUGUCAUAAGUAUGGAAUUUCUCAAUGUAAAAUCACAGAGAUACGACAAAUUUAUCUUAAUAUUUUUUAUGGAAAUGGGCCCUGAUUUUCAGUUCUCCAAAGAUUAAUAUUUAACGCUGUGAGGCCAUUAAACAAUGAUAUAUCUUGGACAGAUGCCAAUGAAGGAAUAGAAAUUACAUUUGGUGAUUCCUUUAAGCCUAUCUAUUAUAUUUCCUUAUUAUAAAAUUCUGGGCGUGUAUUUCAAAUAACUUCAGAUCUUCAAUUGCUUCAUAACAUCAGCAGGAGAUCUGGAGAUAUUUGAAACUUGAUAGAUCAAACUGUACACAGUGCCACCUUUUGGUAUAUAUCACCGGCCUAAGAGAUAGAUGGCGCUUUGUAAAGUUUGGCAGUAUUGUCUGACAAAGAUAUUUACGCACAUUCAAGAAUGUUUCCAAACAUACGUAACUAUAUUCUAGGGGAUGGCGCUUGGCUUAGUUCAUUUUCCAUCUUUAGUGAAUCAGGAGCUCUGAAACUUUAUUAUGCCUGUUGACCAGUGGUUUGGGUAUGUGUAUAUGCCAGUUGUCUGUUCUUAGAUCAAGUUUAUGAGUUGCCUUAUGGAUAUGCAUAUACUUAGUUUUCUUCUUGAGCUCUUUGAAGCUUUACAUGGUCAACUUACUUACUAAACCACCAAAUUGGUCUUGUUAGACUAUAGAAUAAGACUACAUUACAGUUUGAAAACAUCCCUGAAUGUGCAAUAAUAGAUCUGUCUGACUCUACACAGCCUUUUAUUGUAAAUUGUAUAUAUUUAUAAUUCUUGUAGAAAAGGGCACAUAACUUGUGAAUUUCUCGUUCUUAUUGAUAAUUUAUUUAGGGCUUCAAAAAAAUGAAAUAACUAGUCCUUUAUGAAUAUUUAGCCAUAACCUUUGACCUUUUAUUAAAAUAGGUUAUAACAUUCCUUGUGAACAAACAGAGUAGUAAGCUAGCAUGAAAGCAAACUUUAAAGUACUUAACAUGCUUCCUUCCAUGUUCAGCUUUCAGCUAUUAAAAUUGCUAUAGGGUAGAUUAUCUUUAGACGGUGAUAUGGUUCGACUUUAAAUCGCAGGGAUGGUUUUCAAAAUUAAUUCCUAAUUUAGAAAAAUUCUGUGCUAACUCUGGCUCUACUAUGUAUAGACACAUCUGUAUAGAACAACAAUCAUUGGUUAGAAUUGUUCCAUAAAGCUGUGUCUAUAUAUCGUACUUACAAUGACUAAAAGCCAUUUGAUGUACAGUGUUAUUAGAAUUAGACCAAACUUCGUGAAGUUUUUUUUUUUUUUUACUUUUAUUUUUCAAUUAGGGUCUAAAGACGGCCCUCUAUGAACAUUCGUCAUCAGUUUGAUGUUACCACCAGCCACUCAAAUUCCUACCCUUUCCAAUGCUGGGAUUUUGUGACACGAACCAAAGUACCUCUCGGAACACAUUUAAUAAAAAAAACGGAACAAAAGUUUGAUCUAAUUUCAGUAGACUGUUCAAUUUUCUGACAAAAGUAUAAGAUGAUAGCUUAAUGAAAUAAUAAAAUAAGACUAACGCCCGGGCAGUAAAAGACUUGAUAUUGAUAUUCACAUUUAUUGUAAAAUAUUUUAAACUAUUUUUGUUGUUAAUGAAUAAAGAACUUAUGUAUUAUAUUUACUUUAGUAUGAGGCAGACUGGAGAAUAGAGGUGGGGUACAUGGAGACAAACCAGACCAAGUUAGAGGCCAUCGGUCAUAACUGAUCAUAAGGUGGUACGUUCUGGAUAUUAUGUGCACCGUCUACAAAAUAUUCAUAGCUAUAUAGCGAGUAACAACAACAUGUUUUUUUUAGGUUCUGUUUCAAUAUUUCUAGCUAUAUAGUGAAAUAUUUUUGUCCUUUGUGAUCAACCCAUGGCAAUAUUUCACCAAGCCCUGCUCCACAUAGCUAUAGUCUGUUUCAUAUUAGAGUAAAUAUUUCUAUUUGUUCAGUGAUACAAGGUAAUAAAAUAUACUCAGUUUCAA